UGUCUGUCAUCUGCGCAUGCGCAGUAAACUGACCGCGCAGUUCCUCCGCUGAACGUUUGAAAGCUGCACGGUGACGGAGAGCACGACUGAACGGUUAGUUAGUGUCUCCCCAUCUCCUCCUGACUGAAACGUACUGUACCGUUUCAAGCAUGGAGCUGAACGAUGCUAACCUACAAACCCUCACCGAGUUCCUCAGGAAAACACUGGACCCAGACCCAACAGUCAGACGUCCAGCUGAGAAGUUCCUUGAAUCUGUGGAGGCAAACCAGAACUACCCCUUAUUACUCCUCACUUUGCUGGAGAAGUCCCAAGACACCGUGAUUCGCGUCUGUGCUGCUGUUACCUUCAAGAACUACAUCAAAAGAAACUGGCGCAUUGUUGAAGAUGAACCAAACAGAGUCUCUGAUACAGACCGAAUAGCGAUCAAAGCAAACAUAGUAAAUUUGAUGCUAAGCAGCCCAGAACAGAUUCAAAAACAGUUGAGUGAUGCCAUCAGUAUCAUAGGAAGGGAAGAUUUCCCUCAAAAAUGGCCAGACCUGCUAACUGAGAUGGUGACCCGCUUCAGAAGUGGAGACUUCCACAUCAUCAAUGGAGUGCUUCGUACUGCACAUUCCCUCUUCAAGAGGUACCGCCAUGAGUUCAAGUCAAAUGAGCUUUGGACAGAGAUCAAACUAGUACUGGACACAUUUGCCCUGCCUCUGACGGAGCUGUUCAAGGCCACUAUUGAGUUGUGUCAGACUCAUGCUACAGACGUCAAUGCCUUGAAGGUCCUCUUCUCUUCCCUCACUCUCAUCUCCAAGCUGUUCUACAGUCUUAACUUCCAGGACCUUCCAGAGUUUUUUGAAGACAACAUGGAAACCUGGAUGACCAAUUUCCACGGCUUACUGACUCUGGAUAAUAAACUUUUACAAACGGAUGAUGAGGAGGAAGCUGGUCUCCUGGAGCUGCUGAAGUCGCAGAUCUGUGACAAUGCUGCUCUCUACGCUCAGAAAUACGAUGAAGAGUUCCAGCCGUAUCUGCCGCGCUUCGUCACUGCUAUCUGGAACCUUUUAGUUUCUACUGGCCAGGAAGUCAAAUAUGACCUGCUUGUAAGCAAUGCUAUCCAGUUCUUGGCAUCGGUGUGUGAAAGGCCACACUACAAGCAUCUAUUUGAGGACCAGAAUACACUCACUAGCAUUUGUGAGAAGGUCAUCGUGCCCAACAUGGAGUUCAGAAGUGCAGAUGAAGAGGCCUUUGAAGAUAAUUCGGAAGAAUACAUCCGAAGAGACCUUGAAGGAUCUGACAUUGACACUCGUCGUAGGGCGGCAUGUGACUUGGUGAGAGGCCUUUGUAAAUUUUUCGAGGCCCCUGUCACAGCGAUCUUCUCUGGCUAUGUGAACUCAAUGCUGGGAGAGUACGCCAAGAACCCUGGGGCGAACUGGAAACACAAAGAUGCCGCCAUCUAUUUGGUCACAUCACUGGCGUCUAAAGCACAGACACAGAAGCAUGGGAUAACACAAGCCAAUGAGUUGGUGAAUCUGAAUGAAUUCUUUGUGAACCACAUUCUCUCUGACUUAAAAUCCCAAAACGUUAAUGAGUUCCCAGUGCUGAAGGCUGACGCCAUCAAGUACGUCAUGAUCUUCAGAAGCCAGCUUCCAAAGGAGCACCUGCUGCAGGCAGUUCCUCUGCUGAUAAGUCACCUGCAGGCAGAGAGCACAGUGGAACACACUUACGCUGCCCAUGCUUUGGAGAGGCUGUUCACCAUGAGAGGCCCCAACAACACCACCCUCAUCACGUCUGCAGAGAUGUUACCUUUUACCGAACAGCUGCUCAACAACUUGUUCAAGGCUCUGGCUCUUCCUGGUUCGGCAGAAAAUGAAUACAUCAUGAAAGCCAUCAUGCGCAGCUUCUCCCUGCUGCAGGAGUCCAUUGUUCCCUACAUUCCCACUCUGAUUGGUCAGCUCACUCAUAAGCUCCUCUUAGUCAGCAAGAAUCCCAGCAAGCCUCACUUUAACCACUACCUGUUCGAGUCCCUGUGCCUGUCUGUACGGAUCACCUGCAAGGCCGACCCAACAACGGUCAGCAGCUUCGAGGAAGCACUCUUCCCCGUCUUCACUGAGAUCCUUCAGAACGACGUCCAGGAGUUUCUUCCAUACGUGUUCCAGGUGAUGUCUCUCCUCCUGGAGAUCCACUCCAACUCUAUUCCCAAUUCCUACAUGGCUUUAUUCCCUCACCUGCUGCAGCCUGUGCUAUGGGAACGGACAGGAAACAUACCCCCUCUGGUGCGACUGCUUCAGGCUUAUAUGGAGAAGGGAGGUGCCUCUAUUGCCGCCUCUGCUGCGGACAAAAUACCCGGCUUACUUGGAGUUUUCCAAAAGCUUAUUGCCUCCAAGGCCAAUGACCACCAAGGUUUCUACCUUCUCAACAGCAUCAUUGAGCACAUGCCCCCAGAAUCGAUCACUCAGUACAGGAAACAGAUCUUCAUUUUGCUCUUCCAGAGGCUCCAAAGCUCCAAAACCACCAAGUUCAUCAAGAGUUUCUUGGUGUUUAUCAACUUGUAUGGUGUCAAAUACGGAGCCAUUGCUCUUCAGGAGAUUUUUGACAGCAUCCAGCCAAAGAUGUUUGGUAUGGUGUUGGAGAAAAUAAUAAUUCCAGAGGUUCAGAAGGUGUCUGGGCCAGUUGAAAAGAAGAUCUGCGCUGUUGGCAUCACAAAAGUCCUUACUGAAUGUCCUGCAAUGAUGGACACGGAGUACACUAAACUCUGGACUCCUCUGCUCCAGGCGCUCAUUGGUCUAUUUGAGUUGCCAGAAGAUGACAGCAUCCCAGAUGAUGAGCACUUCAUCGACAUCGAAGACACACCAGGAUAUCAGACGGCAUUCUCGCAACUGGCCUUUGCCGGGAAGAAGGAGCACGACCCGAUAGGAGACGCUGUCGGCAAUCCCAAGAUCCUGCUGGCUCAGUCACUCCACAAGCUCUCUACUGCCUGUCCGGGAAGGGUUCCCUCGAUGCUGAGCACCAGUCUGAACGCAGAGGCCCUCCAGUACCUACAGGGCUACUUACAGGCAGCCACUGUACAGCUGGUUUGAAACAGAUGUGAUGAUGUUCACUUAAGAGGGAGACCACAAUACACUGCAGGAGUAACCAUGGUGACCUCGGGUCACACGACAGACUUGCUUCAGCUGAAUUUGAAUCUUAACAGAUUUGGUUUGACUCGACAGUUUAUGAUGGAUUUGCCAGAGAAAUGGUCAUUUUGCCUGAAUUCAGGGUGCGUUCUCUGAUGCAAGUUUUUCUUUUUUUUAAGGGUUUUUAAAUACGUGACCAAAACUUGACUUAACUGAAAUGGGGUUUUGUGUUUGGGCCCUUUGUUUGCUGUGUGGCAAAAGGCUAACAAAAAUUUGGAUAACAUGUUCUGAUACGGUUUGUCAGUUUAUUUCAAUAACAGCAGCAGAGGUAUAUAUAUAUCCACAGUAUUGUGGAACAGCUGAACAUCACAAUCAUAUGGGAGGGAUUUCUUUAGCGCUUCGUUUGUAUGUUUGAAUUGCUUUUUACGACUCUGGAGACUGUAGUCUGUGGCUCAAACAUAAUGCAUAAUAUUUUUUCCUGUUGCAUGUUUCCUGUAGAUUUGUUAUCGUCUAGUCUUUGUUUUGGCACUGUUUGUUAAUGUGAAUAAAAAGAGGCACUUGUAUAGAUCUGUUAUCUUUACAGCCUCUUUUCUACGA